AUGGCCACCGAGAAAGUAUCAUUUUUAGAAAAUCAGCAAAGCAGAGAGAUCAUAGAAUUAAGUCAACUGUUACAGGAAGCUAGCGACAAUGUAACAACGAGCCCUUCGGGAUUACCAUUAUCUGCCAAACGUCCAGUUGUUAAAAAAAUACUGGAAGCGAUGACCGCAGGAAUAGACGUGUCGUCUUUAUUUGGCAAUGUUGUCAAGGCUGAACAAAAUGCAGAAUUGGUCAUAUUAGCAAUCAACACUUUUCAAAAGGAUCUUCGCGAUGAAAAUUCAUUUGUGCGAGGAUUAGCAUUACGUACAUUAUGUUCAAUGAGACUCUCAGAGUAUGUACCAUACAUGCUUGAAUCCUUGGGUUACGCUUUGAAAGACUCAAGCGCGUACGUUCGCAAGACAGCUUUAAUUUCAUGCAUUAAAGUAUUUCAUCUUUCCCCAAAGCAUGUGUUAGAUACCGAUUUAAUUGAUCAAUUAUAUAAAACUCUUGGGGAUCGAGAUUCUGAAGUUGUCGUGAAUAGCGUCGUGGCUUUAAAUGAAAUUUUACAUUCCCAAGGUGGAAUGACCAUUAAUAAAAAGAUUGCUCUGUAUUUACUUCAAAGGAUUCGUGAUUUCAAUGAAUGGCAUCAGUGUUUAAUAUUAAAUACUCUAGUUAGAUAUAAACCGAGUGAAGAGGAUGAAGUAUAUGAUAUAAUGAACCUUUUGGAUGACAGGCUAAAGCAUCACAACAGUGGUGUACAGUUAGCUACAAUGAAAUUAUUUAUACAUUUAACUAUCAACAUCCCAGAAAUUCAUGAAGAUUUGUACAAAAGGAUCAGAGAACCUAUGUUGACAAUAUUGUCUUUAAGCAAUCCGGAAAUUGCAUAUUCUUGUUUAGAACACUUGAUCUUAUUGGUGAAAUCAGCACCUCAAUUAUUUCAAUCUGAUUAUAAACAAUUUUAUCGAAGGAUAAAAGAACCAUCAUUUGUCACUUUAAAGAAAUUAGAAUUGCUUCAAGAAAUUGCUACGGAUAUCAGCGCCAAAGAAAUUGUCGAUGAAAUUAGUGAUAACGGAGCCAUUGCGAACAAAUCGAUACAAGUUAUCUCUAAUAUCGCUAUACGCAUCGGAAGCAUAUUAACUUAUUCCCUUGAAAUUUUCAUAAAGUUAUUGGAAACUGGCAAAGAUAAUAUUGUGUCUGGUAUUAUUACGAUACUCGAAGAUUUGUUAAAUGAAAGUCCUGACAAGUUUGAUGGGCUGCUCUCUGUUUUGCCAUCUAUUUGGGCAUCUGUAGAUCUAACAUCGCCUGCAGGACCUGCAUUCCUAAACCUUUUAAUGACUGUUGGAAAUACAUUACCAGAAACUCCUUAUAUUUUAGAAUCACUGAUUGAGGAUAUAGAAAAUUAUCUAGGCACAUCUUUUCGUUUGCAAUUACUUAAUUCUUCAGUGGCUCUAUUCUUGUUACGGCCCGCAGAAUGUAAAGAUAUGUUGGCAAAAUUAUUUAAGUGCACUAUGAAGUCAACGGAAAAUUUAGAAGUGCGUGAGAGAUCAUUAUUCCUUUAUCAACUACUUCGAUUCGAUAUUGAAACGGUCAAGAAGAUUUUCACUUUUCGACAUGAAACACCAAAAAUUUCUAAUAAAAAUUUAUUCAAUACUACAAAGGAUCGUCCAUUGUACGAAUUCAGUUCACUUUCUAUUACUUAUGAGAAGCCAUCAGAACAAUUUACAACUGAUAGUGAGCCAAAUUUAUAUUGGCAGAAUCAAGAAGAGAUUGAUUCACAAUUGUCACAUACUCUGGCACAUACUCUGGAAUUUGAUACAGCUAGCGAGCAUAAUAGAGAUACCUUUACACUGUCAAACGUGAAUCCAAUCGAUGCAGACGCAAAUAUAUUCAAGUCAUGUUGGAAUAAAUUCAUAAAUAGUGAUCCAUUAGAGAUAUCACUCCCGGAAACGUCUAUAUUUGCAAAAUCUUUGACACUUGAUGACAUUGAAGGUGUGUUUAAGGAUACUAAUAUCUUUACUAUGGCUUCAGGAAACAAAAGAGAUGUAUGGAAAUUCUUUUUAUAUGCUGAAGAGGAAAAUUCUCAUGUACUGAUUUUAUGCGAGUUGAAAAUUAAUAUAAACCUAGCAUCAGCUAAUAUUAACAUCAAAACAGGAUACUUGUCACAAGAUAAAAUUGGUUCUGAUACGCAGCAAACAGAAUUACUUAAACAUUCACAACAUUUUUCUCAUUAUUUAACCACAAAUAAGAUGGUUUCGAGUAAGGACUAUCAGACAUUUUUAGAUAGUGAACGAAUAUAUACCUGCUCUAAAUGCCACACACACCUUGCUGAGCACGGAGAACUCAUUUCUAAAGCAUUCCAAGGCCGACUUGGACGUGCAUACUUAUUUAACGCUGUUGAAAAUGUUUGUCUUGGCCAAAAAGAAGACCGUACACUGAUUACUGGAGUACAUACUGUCAAAGAUAUAAGUUGUGUUGGAUGUAAUACUGUUGUUGGAUGGAAAUAUGUUCAUGCCUUUCAGGAAGAUCAAAAAUAUAAAGAAAAUAAAUAUAUAGUUGAAAAAGCGAUGAUUCUCAAAGAAAAUAAUUGGGAUGAACCAUGA